ACCCACCCGUGUCUGUCGGACGAGCGGGAAGCAGCCGCCGUCCUCCUCCAAACGCAGCGCACCUCCGUGGGAGCGAACAACUUUGUCUCUCCCCUCUGCGCGCGCACACUUCAAAAGAUUGUCCCCUCUUUGUUUUUUCUCUUCUCCUUCUUCCUCCGGUGAGGACCAUGAACAAGCUCUACAUCGGCAACGUGAGCGCGGAGGCGAGCGAGGAGGACUUGGAAAGUGUCUUCACGCAGUGGAAGAUCCCCCACAGUGGGCCGUUUCUCGUGAAAACCGGCUACGCGUUCGUGGAUUGCCCCGACGAGAAGAGCGCGAUGAGGGCCAUCGAUGUUCUGUCAGGUAAAGUUGAACUUCACGGGAAAGUUCUGGAAGUGGAGCACUCCGUGCCCAAACGUCAAAGAAGCUGUAAGCUGCAGAUCAGGAACAUCCCGCCUCACAUGCAGUGGGAGGUUUUGGACGGUAUGCUUGCUCAGUAUGGUGCAGUCGAGAGCUGUGAACAAGUAAACACCGACACAGAAACAGCAGUAGUCAAUGUUCGAUAUGCGUCUAAGGACCAGGCAAGGCUUGCAAUGGAGAAGCUGAAUGGAUCUAUGAUGGAGAACUAUGCCUUGAAGGUAUCCUAUAUCCCAGAUGAGACGGCUACACCAGAAGGUUCUACAACAGGAGGCAGGAGAACUUUUAAUGCCCGUGGUCCUCCUCGUUCGGGUUCUCCUGGCCUGGGUGCACGGCCCAAAGUGCAGUCUGACAUCCCUCUGCGCAUGCUGGUGCCCACGCAGUUUGUAGGGGCAAUCAUUGGCAAGGAGGGCGCCACUAUCCGCAACAUCACCAAACAGACUCACUCAAAAAUUGACAUCCAUAGGAAAGAGAAUGCAGGUGCUGCAGAAAAACCCAUCACAAUUCAUUCCACCCCUGAAGGCUGCUCGAACGCUUGCAGAACCAUCAUGGAGAUCAUGCAGAAGGAAGCUGUCGACACAAAGUUCACUGAGGAGAUCCCACUGAAGAUUCUUGCGCACAACAACUUUGUAGGACGGCUAAUAGGGAAAGAAGGACGCAACCUGAAGAAAAUUGAGGAGGACACAGGGACCAAGAUCACAAUCUCACCUCUCCAGGAUCUCACUCUGUACAACCCAGAGCGGACCAUCACGUUGAAGGGCUCCAUCGAAGCAUGCUCAAGUGCUGAGCAGGAGGUGAUGAAGAAAAUCAGGGAAUCGUAUGAAAGUGACAUGGCUGCUAUGAAUCUCCAGUCCAACCUCAUUCCAGGCUUGAAUCUCAACGCUUUGGGUUUGUUCCCUAGUGGAGUACCAGGCAUGGGUCCUUCUAUGUCCAGCGUCCCACCCCCUGGAGCCCUCGGUGGAUGUUCCUUUGGCGGACAACCGGAGUCAGAGACGGUCCACCUGUUCAUCCCUGCUCUUGCAGUCGGAGCCAUCAUCGGAAAACAGGGUCAACACAUCAAGCAGCUCUCACAUUUUGCCGGAGCGUCAAUCAAGAUUGCUCCUGCAGAAGGAAUGGAUGCUAAGCAGAGGAUGGUCAUCAUUGUUGGACCACCAGAGGCUCAAUUUAAGGCUCAGUGUCGAAUCUUUGGCAAGCUAAAAGAAGAGAAUUUCUUUGGGCCUAAAGAAGAGGUGAAGCUGGAGGCGCACAUUAAAGUUCCCUCAUUUGCUGCUGGACGCGUCAUUGGAAAGGGUGGAAAAACGGUCAAUGAGCUGCAGAACUUGACCUGUGCAGAAGUGGUGGUGCCGAGGGACCAGACGCCUGACGAGAACGACCAGGUCAUAGUAAAGAUCAGUGGACACUUCUUUGCUUGCCAGUUGGCCCAGAGAAAGAUUCAAGAAAUUCUGGCUCAGGUGAGGAGACAACAGCAGCCGAAGCCUGCACUGGGACCCCAACCUCCGGUGCCCCGCAGGAAGUAAAGGUCCAGCGGAUCUGGAGGAAUGGCGACCGCCUCUGUCCCGAGACUCGACAGACGGACAGAUGUAGCAGAGUCCGGAGUGGAAGAAAACGACGGUGGAUCCUAACGCUCAUCUCAGGGGUCAGAGGUUAUUAAAACCUAACAUCCACCCCUCCCUGAUUUACUUGAUGGACUUUAAAGCGUGGCAGGAAAAGACCUUGAUGCCUGUAAAGCUCCGCCCACUUCACCUCUCUGCAUCUUUUGCGAGAAUGUACUUACGAGGGCUGCCAACAUCAUCUGCCCUCACAUGUACGCACCCCUUGACCGCGCUCCUCCCACCUGGGUGUCUUUUUUUAUUUUAUUAUUUGUUCCCUUUAUUCUAAACACAAAGAAGAAACAACGAACCCCCCCCCCUCUUCCCCCCCCCCC